CACCAUAAUGAAAUUGAGAAUAUUGACGAAUUUGUGUUUCAAAAUUUAUCGCAUGUUUACUUAUUGGAUUUAACAGAUAAUCUACUCACUUCAGAUUCCAUUGAUAAUAUUCUACAACACAUGGAAAACAGUCGUAAAGUUCUUGUUGUUUUGUCCAAUGAUUUUGCUAGAAGUAAAUGGUGUCAAUUUGAAAUGAGUUUAGCUCAGAAAUUGGUUAUAGAUACGAGUAUAGAGUCUAUAGUAGUAGUAUUACUAGAGGAUAUUGAAGCAGUUAAUAUGAGUAAACCACUGAACGCUCUAUUGAAAACUACUACUUAUAUCAAAUGGCAAGAUAAUGACAACAAAGAUAUAUUUUGGCAAAUGUUAAAAACAUCGCUGAAACGUCAAUAUGAAUUAUAAUAAGAUUAAAGGUCAUUGAUCUGUUUACCGCAGUCGUUUCAUGGUCCGUAGUUCAAACGAUACAAGAACCCCACUCAACCCAAUCUGAGACUGUAUCCAUUUCUGAUGUUCGAAUACAGAAAUGGAAUAUCACUUGUUAACUGAAUUUGUACACCACGAAUGUUUUGGUUUGAUAUUAUUACUAGAAGUUUAAGUUCGACCAAUCUGACAUCCUCCUGUAGACAAUAUCAAUCUUUUGAUGGGCCUCUUUUUAACCUGAUUAAAUCCAACCAGGUAGAUAAUCUACAGUUGAUAUUUUCAUAGUAUUUUCGGAAUUAAACAGGCAUUAUGCAAGAGCUAAAUCUGCUUAUUUAGGCCUUUCUUUAGACCUGAAAUGUUGUAUAAAUUAUUAAUUAAACAUUAAUUAACUUACCCAGGCCAUAAUCAACUCUCGAUUCCAUCGGAUGGCUGCGAUAUAAGUAGAUUUAAAUACGUUUUGUGGUCGAUGCGGUUACUGUAACAAUGGAUAAUCGAGACUCUGCUUACGGUAGUAAUUGCAAUCGGGGCUAUGCUAUAUUUGUAUCGCCGAUAUCUAGGCUCGGUGUGAAGUAAUUUGACUUCUUUUCAUUGUCCUUGUUUUAACUAUUAUUGCGACAACUGUCAGAUCUUUAUCUAAUCUUACCUAAUGCAGCUAUAAAUGUUAACAUUUCAAUUUUAGAACAUUUGGCGUGGAUUAUAAUGUGAAAAAUGUAAAUGAAAAUAAGAUAUUGUUCGAAAAGACAAAAUGUAUGUACGACAUAGUGUGGCAAAGCUAGUUUUAUUUUGUUAGUAUUGUUUUAUUUAUAGUCUGUAGACGCCUAAAUAGUCGAGACUAAUAACAGCUAUAAUUAGAUUUGGGUCACUGUAGUUAUAUAUAUAGUGAGGGACUGGAUAUUUGAUAAUAUGUUACACUUAUGAAUAUGGAUCCAGCUCAUCGAUUAUUUCUACGCCGUCACCCACGAUACAAGGGUUAAAGCUAGUUUAGUCUCCCCACCCCACCCCAGCCCCACCCCCAUUUGCAUGGCGAUCUUUGUUGCAUUUUUGGUGUAGAUUUGAACAAAAAGAUUUGAAUAUGCAUUUUCUGCCAGGUAUUGGUGAAUAUUCAUGAUUUUGAGGCGGAAGGAUUCAAGAGUUAAGAGGUUGGCCAGGUUGAAGUGUAGGGUGGAAAAUUGCCUGUUGAUUUAUCUCUUCUUCUAGUUUGUGUAUCUCAAGUUUUCAUGAUGAACACAACACGUGCUUUUGGGCAAGAGAUUUCCACAUGUUGCUCCAUCAGUGGUAGAAAGCAUUCUACCCUACGACAAUUUGGGAAAAGUUAGACCGGUCUAAGAGACAAGAAUUAACGUUAAAGUCAACGUGGAAAUCACUGGUGAUCUGUAGUCAUAUUAUUAGUAUUAUUAUCCCCAUUUACUUAAAUAGCUGAAUUUGAAUGAAUAGCAAAUCCUACGAUAUAUUUAACGUAACUAACAUGUUCUUUUGUAUGUCAACUUUAUCAUAAAUCACAUUGUGCCCAUCUGUUUAAUAAUGUUGAAUUUAUAUUGUUGACAAUGCAUACUUUGUUUACUUAAGGCGCGUAUAGUUUAUAAUUUUGCAUGACCAGGGAAUGAAAACUCAGAUUCGUUGCCAUCCUUUCGAGUCGGCCACGCAAACGUGUUAACCUGCACUAGUACCCUGGUUCAGUUUUUCUCACUGGGAUAUCCGUCUCUCGUGGGCAUCAUUGGUUUCCCCCGUGGAUCAUAUUCCGUUCUACUCCACUAUACCCCACAGGCGCCUGUAACGUGGAUAAUAUUUCAAAAGUAACGUUAGGCCUAAGCUAUAUGAUUAUAAGUGUAGUGUCUAAAGUCUGUUACGACCAUAUGGUCUGAAUCCGAUUUCUAAUUCAAGGCCAAAUCACUCGCCUAAAACCGAUUCUCUUUCAGUCCAUAUAAUAAUACCAAUGUGAAAAUAACCUGGGUUAAUCCAUAUGAUUUCAAAUUAUCUGCUAUGACCUUGAUUGUAGCUUGAGACUACGAACCAAUCAAAAAAAUAGUUUACAAACCAGUCUUACUAAUGAAACGGCUUUCGUUUCGCUUUUGUUUUUUUAAGGGUAAAUAAACCCAAUCAUGACCAUUUACUGAAUGAUUUAUGUAAAUAAUGUAUAUAUUUCUAAUUCAUUUAUAUUUUAUUGUAUUAUCAAAAUCUGUAGUGUGUUUUACUCAUUUCAAAUAUGUAUAACGUGUAUAUGUUUCACUUUUGUUAUAAUUAAUACUAUUCGUUCUUUGUCUGAAAUGUUUCUAAACUAUUACCAUUCUGUUAUGUUUAUAAUUAUUAUAGAUAUACUUGGUAAUAUAAUUUGGUGGCGUGUGAUGGUGUUUUACCUAAAUAAGUGGUUCGGUUCAAUCGCUGGGGGUACUCUCUCUGAUACUCGAGUAUAAAGGAUGAGUUUUUUGGGGGGUUUUUAUUACAAAAACGAGGGGGGUUGGGAUGGUCUAGGGUGUCACGCUUCGACCUCUAGCUGGCCGGUCACCUCUGGCUUGCGGUUGUGGUUUCGAUCCCUGGUGUGAGCGUAUGUGGCAUGGAGAUAGGGGCGCCUUCUCAACCUCGUGGGUUUACUCCAGUUUCCUCCCACAGGAAAGACCCCUGCGCGUGCGCUAAGAUAAUGAAAAUAAAAAAAAGACAACUUGUCUGCGAUAUCACCUUCGGUGGAAGCGGACGUUAAACACUAACAACAACAACAACAACAUUACAAAAACGCCAAAUUCAGAUAUCAUUCUCAAUAAAACUCUUGAAUCUACAUAUGUAAAUAUCUGUCUGGUCUGCGUUAAUAUAUAAUAUAAAUAUUGUAAUUUGA